GACAUUUCAUUCAGGGGAUCAGGGGAUGAGAAGCGUCACCCAGUUUCCCUCGUAGUUUAUCUCACUGACCAGAUUUCUCUCGCCUGGUACUUGGUUUACUGACCAGACGACCGCCGUACUGACCAGGUGACCGCCGCGCGUACGGCUACUGGCGGAGAUAUGGACCUAAUAAUUUAAUGCUAUCGCAACAAGUCGCUAUUGUACAUUUUUUUUGACCAGCAUUAUAAGUUUAAUUCACGGGUGUGCGAUGGGGAACUCGUAUGCCGGCCAGUUGAGGACCACGCGUUUUGAGGAGGUCCUUCAUAACUCCAUCGAGGCUUCUCUCCGUUCCAACACUGUGGUGCCACGGCCUGUCUUCUCACAGCUCUACCUGGAGGCAGAGCAGCUACCCCUGCACAGUGCAGGCCGGGUGGAGAAUGAGGAGGAGGAAGAUGGCUCGGAGUCCAACAGCCCCCUCAUUCCAUACCAGAUGAAGCCCCCGCCAGAAGGAUGCUGCACCACGGACGGGUUCUGCCAGGCCGGUAGGGACCUGCGUCUGUCCUCCCUGGUGUCAGAGCCUCUAAACGUGGCCCCAGGUUUCCUGCUGGUAGGGGCCAAGUCCCCCAGUGCACCAGACACACUGCUGGUGUGUGCUGUCGACCGCAGGUUCCUGCCCGACGAACGAGGACGCAACGCACUGCUGGGGUUCUCUGGGAACUGUAUAGGCUGUGGAGAGAAGGGCUUUCGCUACUUCACUGAGUUUUCCAACCACAUCAACCUGAAGCUGAGCACCCAGCCCAAGAAACAGAAGCACUUAAAGUACCAUCUGUACAGGAACAACCAGGGACAGCUGGUCAGAGGGGCUGCUAUCUGCUGGAAGGGCCUCGAGACUAGAGGGAGACAGACGGUGCCCAACCCCUCUGACGGUCAUGCGAUCUCAGACGAGCACCUCCUCAAUCCAGCAGUCACCGCUCACCCUGGACUCCCACCCGGCAGCUAUACUGCCGGCUCCCCUGUAGGCCCCAUCGGUCAGCCUCACCUGGCCGACCUUCGCCCUCCCCUGACCAAUGGGAGCCACACACCCCUAUCCCAGAAUCCUUUGCCCCAUACGGCCGUACUGUCCAAUGGACCAGGGAGACCCACAGUUAUAGGAACACUCAAUGCGGGACCACCUAAAAAGAGACACAAAGGCUGGUCUCCAGAGUCUUCCGCUGUGAAGACCCCCCCAGCUUCCUCUUCCUCUUCCUCAUCGCUCACCAAUGGUACCAAACCAGACCAUGCCCCCCCAGAGAGUUUGUCCCAAGGGUCCUCCAACCCCCACUCUCCCCCCGGGCCGUCUGUCACAGUGCCUGAUCAACUGCUGCACACCUGCAGACUCCAGCCCGUCAUCUUCAGAGGUCACGGCAGCCUACCCCAGCUGAGUGGUAAGGUGUGUGAUGUGCAGGUCAGCUCCCUGCUCCAGAGCUGCUAUCAGAACAGCCAGGCCCUGCCCAGGGUUUACCAACACUACGGACCCUCUCCCAUACAGCCCCUGUCUGUAGAGAUGCAGAUACUACUCACUGUGUACUACCUGGUGCAACUAGGCCCAGACCAGGUCCCACUGAUCCAGGACCUGGAGCAGAUCUUCAUGCGCUCCUGGAGAGAGUCCCACCUCCGUGAGAUUCGCCAGCACCAGCAGCCCCAGCCUGGCCUCUCCCUCCCCCAGGCGCCCUCUACUCUGCCUGGGCUGCCACAGGCCCAGGUCCUCACCCCCUCCCAGCUGCCCUGGCUGGCCCAGCUGGCAGCCUCGUCAUGUGGGGAGGGUGUGGUGGUGCAGGAGGAGAAGGUCUCGAUGGCUCUGGGGCUGGCUGGCACCUUCACUAGGCUGAUGGAGGGACGGCUGGCUCAUACCAACUAUGUGGUCAUCAUCUGUACAGCCAAGGGACAGGAGACUGAGUCCUGUGUUGUGGUGACAGGUAAACACCAGUGUCGUAUCCUGGUUGAGGGGAUGUUCAGUCCCAGUGAUAGUCUGAGAGAGAUCAGUCAACAGCUGUCCUCUGGCAUGACCCAGGAACUCACUGCCUUCUGCAACUCUCUGGGACCUGAUGGUGAUGUAGAUGUGUUGCUGGGAGGUGCUGCUAGGGAGAGCAGGAGCCAUCCGCCCCCCCUGUCCAGCAGUCAGGAGUCCACAGGAGACAGCAGCCCUAGAGACAGACAGACGGACAGAGCUACAUGCAGCCCCAAAGAGCCAGCCACAGACAGACACACAGACAGCCCCAAAGACAGAGCUGAGAGCCACAAGGACUCCUGCUCAGAGUACCGUGUGGAGUGGCGGGAGGUGCGGCCCAUCCAGUUGGCGGUAGCCAGGAAGCUGCUGUCCCAUGUGUGUGCCAUCGCCGACUCCAGCACUCAGAACCUGGACCUGGGCUCCUUCGACAGGGUCCACUUCCUCAUCUGUGUCCCUCCAUCUGAGGUCACCUUCCAACAGACCGUACUGCAUCUCUGGAACUCGGGUGUCCUCCAGCAGCUGGGGUUGGAGCAGGAGUGUCUGUCUCAGAGAGAAGCUGAGCACUACGUGGUCAAGAUGGACCAGGAGGCGAGGGCGCGCAUUGAUGACCUCAUACAGGAAGCACACAGGAACUCUAACACACUCUACAUCGUGGUCCACGACCACGCACACUGGGACAUCAGCAGUGGGCCGUAUGGUGCCAGCGUUGGUGACUCCGGCGGUGGGUUGGUGGACAGCCUGCUCAACUCCCUUCAGAUCAGAGAUGCCACCAACAUCCUGACUCUCCACGUCACCUCGUUCCCCUUUGCCCUGCAGACACAACACACACGUAUCAGCCCUUACAACGAGAUACACUGGCCCUCUGCUUUCAAUAACGACAUGGAUCUGUACCAUGAGAAGACGCGGUACUUUGGUGUGUCGGAGCUGCUGGACUCGACUCGUUCAGGCAGCGGUCUGCCUCUCCUCCGCUACGACAGCUCCUUCGAAAGCAUGGCCUCUGUCCUGGAGGAGAGGUUCCCCAAGCUACACAGUGCAGUGAUCCGGACCCAGGUUCUGGUCCAGCACUACUGUGUGGCUCUGAUGGCCGUGUCAGGUCGGCCUGGCUCAGGGGGGCGGAGCAUACAUAAACACACCUCCGUCGAGACGCUGGAGAUAGUCCAGAGUCUGCUCAGCUCCGCCCAGCGAUGCCCCACCCACCACGGUCACAUGGUGCUGCUACGGAUCCCCUCAUUGGCUCUGGCAGGGUGGGCUCACCAGCGGCUGGCGUGGGUCAGACAGAGACUGGGGCUGGGGGAGCGCUUUGAAAUCAUCCUGGGAAACCCCAGCCAAGCCCUCAGCGUAGGACAGAGCUUCACUGAGCGCAUCAAGGCAUGGCUGAAGAUCCAGGAGACAGACUGGGUUCCCCGUACCUACCUGGAGCUAGAGGCCCUCCCCUGUAUCCUCAUCCUCUCUGGGGCAGACCCCCUGGGAGAAUCACUACCCAGAUCACUGAAGUACUGUGACCUGCGUGUGAUAAGCUCCUCCUACCUGCAGCGCACGUCAUUGGAGGAGGAGCUGGGAUUGGCUGCCUACCUGAUGAGGGUGGAGUCCCAGGGGUCACAACCCCUCAGCCACGUCCCCGGUAGCGACCUAUCAGAGAGCGACCGGGACAAACGCCGCAGUACCGACAACGAGGAGGAGGAGCGAGAGAGCGCUCUGAAGUCGGAGCUCCCUGGUUUGGGUCAUUUCCCUCCCCCCCCCCCUCACUCAGCCCCCCAGCCCCUCCGACCCUUCCCCGACAGCAGACUCCUCCUCCCCCUUCCCCCUCCCCCUUCAGAGCUGCUCCUGGGCGCAGGGGGUGAGUCGCCCCCCCCCGUGCUGCUGCCCCGGGCGCUCUAUGACAUCAUCACGGUGUGCGACGAGGGUGGACUGCCUCGCUGCACCUCCUUCCUGCCGCACCUGUCUGUAGACUGGGCCAGCUCCUUCAGACCUCUGCUGAGUAAGAUGAUGACGUGUACAGAACAGUCUCUGUAUUACCGCCAGUGGACCAUCCCAAGGCCUUGCCACAUGGACAGCAGCAACCGCCCCGCAGAGGGACGCACGGACAACUUCCAUCCCCGCAGACUGCUGCUCAGCGGGCCCCCACAGGUGGGGAAGACAGGGGCGUACCUCCAGUUUCUGGGCAUCCUGUCUCGUAUGCUGAUCAGACUGAUGGAGGUGGACAUCUAUGACGAGGAAGAGAUCAACACCAGUGACCAGCUGGAGGGUGUCCAGUACCACCCAGCCUGUGCUCCCUGGCCGAUAAUAGACACACUGAGGAGCAUGCCCUUCGACUACACCAUCCACAACCCCAAAUAUGAAGACAUCAGCACUGUCUAUUGCCCUGACUACUACCCCAACACUGACGGAAACCCCAGACGUAAGGAGGACGUGUAUCUGCGGAGGCGUACGGCCAGGAUCAAACUGUCCAAAUACGCAGCCUACAACACCUACCACCACUGUGAGCAGUGUCACCAGUACACAGGCUUCAACCCCGGAUACCAGAUGUAUGAGUCGCUGCUGCAUGGCUUCACCUUCUCCCAUCUGCUGCUGGGGGAGGAGAUCCAGCUCUACUUCAUCAUCCCCAAGUCUAAGCAACACCACUUCAGCUUCAGCCAACCAGGAGGCCAGCUGGAGAGCAUGAGACUGCCCCUCACCUCCGAUUGGAACCCAGACUGCAUCAAGAGCCCCAUCUUCACCCCGACAACGGGUCGUCAUGAGCACGGCCUGUUUAACCUGUACCACGCCAUGGACGGGGCGGCCCACCUCCACAUCCUGGUCGUCAAGGAGUACGAGAUGGCUGUCUAUAAGAAGUACUGGCCCAACCACAUCAUGCUGGUGCUGCCCACUGUCUUCAAUGGAGCCGGCAUCGGUGCUGCCCACUUCCUGAUCAAGGAGCUGUCUUAUCACAACCUGGGGCUGGAGCGCAGGCACAGGCUGGAGGGAGGAGGGCUGCCGGCCGACGUCUGGCCCUUCAUCAUAGUCUCUGAUGACUCCUGCGUCAUGUGGAACGCCGUGGACCUGGACUCACACAGUGCCUCAGGGCCUGUAGAGAGGAACGUGUCUCUGAAGCAGGUGCUGCAGCACAUGGAGGCGUGUCCCGACCUCACCCAGUACGGCCUCUGUGGGAUCAGGAAGUGGGGCAGUCGCUCCCCGAGUCAGGGGAAGGGGGGAGGAGCUCGUCACGAGGAACCGUUUUCCAGAGGACACCUCCACGACUUCCUGCUUCUCAAUGUGGACCUGACCCAGGACGUCCAAUACAACGAGAACAGGUUCAUGUGUGAUGAUGUGGACUUCACCCUGCGAGCCCACAGUGCUGGUCUGCUCAUCUGUCGUUUCAACAACUUCAGUGUGAUGAAGAAACAGAUCGCUAUCGGAGGAUACCGUACCUUCAUCAUCAAGACCAAGAUAACCGACGUCCCCACCUCCAUCCAGCCGUCACAGUAUAUCUGUGCCCCGGACAGCAAGCAUCCAUUCCUGGCCACGCCUGCACAACUACUGCUAGAGAAAUACCUGCAACACACCAGCCAACGGCUGUUCCCCCUCAGCGCACGCAACUACACACACCCCAUUCUGUCUGUAGACUGCUACCUCAACCUGGGGCCUGAGGUGACGGUGUGUUUUGUGAGUUCCAGACCUCACUCCAUCAACAUCAGUACUGCAGAGCUGCUGUUCAGCGGCCUGUUGCUCUGCUUCUGUGAUUCCUUCGUCACACCAGGCUUUCUUAAGAAGUUUCACUUCCUCAAAGGGGCGAUUCUGUGUGUGAUAUGUGCUGACCGCAGCUCUCUGAGACAGACGGUGGUGAGGCUGGAGCUAGAGGACGAGUGGAGGUUCCGGCUGAGUGACGAGUUCCAGACAGCCAAUGCUAAAGAGGACCGCCCCCUCUUCUUCCUCACAGGGAAACACAUAUGAACUGCCGUACCCCUCACCGUGAGCCCUGCAGUGGGGUCAAAACAGAAAGCCAAAAACUGUCUGUAUUCUUCUGGUGGAUCAAGCCAAUAACCCAUAGACAGUAGUUGGUAGUGAAUAUAGCUACAGUUGAAGUCAGAAGUUUACAUACACUUAAGUUGGAGUCAUUAAAAAUUGUUUUUCAACCACUCCACAAAUUUCAUGUUAACAAACUAUAGUUUUGGCAAGUUGGUGAGGACA